UGAUUGGUCAUUUAAUUUCAAUAUAUUUAUUGGAAUGAAGCUACACUUUCAUGUCUGACCUUGUAUCCUACUUCAGUUUCACGUUGGUGGAUCUACCAUACUUCAGCAAUGAGUCAAACAUGUGAAUGGAAAAAUGAGGUUAUAAAGAAGCAGGCCCAAAAAGAACGAGAGAAAGACGUGGAAAAACGAUGGGCAGACGUGAUGUCUAAGAACGGUGAGGGAGCUCCUGAAUGGUUAAAAGAAGCUGCUAUGAAGAAAAAGCAGAAACAAAGUUUGAAACAGAAAGAUGAGAAUUUAGCUCCAUGGCUAAAAGAAGUUCAGAAGAAGAAUGCCGGCUUAGCAAGAAGGAUAUCCGAUGCCACAAAUUGUGAAAUUGAAAGUAAUCUGGGCUGAAAUACGGAUUUGGUGCGUUUUUCUCUUUAUUACGAUAGUUUGAUAUAUUUUUGAACGAACGGUAAAUUAAAUUGUUCAAUAUCAUGUGAAUUCCACACAGAGAUUAACUAUACUACAAACAUACAUAUACGUUUAUUAUCAUGAUUCUUUUCCUUGUAUAUUAUUAUUUGCGCUUUAUUUAAUAACCUGAUUUGUGGAAAUCCAGAAUAUUUUCCUAACACGUGACUUUCAUUUCUUGAGUUUACCAUACACUGAACGUGUAAGCCCAAAUCUUCAUAAAUAUCCAAUUGAAUUUUUCAGUUCUUACCAAUUUAUCUUCACAGUUAAAAUUACGAGUCAAUCUAAGCUAAACCAUCAUUGGAAAUCUAGAAGCACUGGACGACCGUCUCGUCUUAUUAUGGGACUUGGAACCAGGUCAUUCGACCUAUCGUGUGGAUACUCAAAUUCUAGACAACGACUAGCGUCGAACGGUGUUAGUGUCUAACUUCAGUAAAUCAUAAUCUUGCGCAACCCUUCGUCGAUUCGCUGUGGUGGUCAUGGCUUCUCACCAGAACUCUACGACUUACAUCUAGCCGGUUACUAGUAAGGGGGAGAUUGUUAUCAGUAUAGGGCAUUUGUGGAGAUUGUAGUAUUUCCACACUUGGAUUCCACAUGUGAGAUUUUGGACACUCACUGUUGAGGAGUUCUUUACUAAGACGAGACGGCCAUCCAGUGAUUCCAGGUUUUCAAUAAUGGUCUAGCUUAGAUCGACUCGUGAUUUCAACUGUUAAAUUAUUAAAAUCUCCACAAACUGCUCAUACUGAUAACUUACCAAUUUAUAUCUGCAUAUAAAAUAGUAUUGACUAAGGUUUUCCCUCGGUCAUUGUUUCAACCCUGUCCAUACAUUUUUUGGUGUCAAUAGCAUGUAUAUUUACCUACCUCCGAAUAUUUAAUUGAUAUCCAGACUAAUUCCUGAGCAUGCUCGUAAAAUCUUUUGAUGACUAAUGCAGGUUUUAAGUGCAGUUUAUAUAUGUCUAAAGACACUUGAUAUAAGUUAGUGUGAUAAUUAGAAGUAUUUGAAUUAUAGUACGUACUAGGAAUCCCUGAAAUAACUUAAUUUAAAUGAAGCGGAACUAGGUGAGCACAUACGAACGUAUUGUAUUUGAAAUUCGAAAUCAGUCAUAAAUCAAGUGCAAAGGAAUCAUUAAUUCACACAUACAUCAGUUAUUCUCUGUAGAUUAUAUCAAGAAAUAUAAUCUAGAAACAAAGUCGACGUACAAUACAUCAGAAUAUUUCACUUAAGUGACUUUAUGGUAAUCGUGUUUCCAAUGAUAUAUGUAUAUUGGUAUACUUAAGAGGAAUAAUUUAACAAUAAAUAGUUUGUUGCACUACCUAUGGCGUGAAGUUCCCUAGUGUUUUAUUGCCAAGUCUUGAGCUCUACAUUACUGGCCAAUUGGUGUAAGAAGUUUAAUAAUUUCAAGCUGUUUUACUUAUCGUUGAGACACAUCAUGUAAGGGAUGCUACUCGGCUACAUAAACAAGUAAAAAAAGUAGUUAUAACCAUAAACAUCAGUCGAAAGUCGUUUGGAGCGAACGGUACUGGGUUCGAGUCCCAGAAAGAACAUUAACUCUGAGAUGCAGGUACAUCCAGCUGACGAGUUCCAAAUAGGAUUCCACUGCUAUCCACUACAUAUAUUUGCUUAUAAAGCUUGUGACUUCAAGCAGUAUCAAGGCAGUCCGCACAGGAUGCACAUUUGCUAACAAGAGACUGAUCAAUUGCAGUCCUAAAUAACAAUAGGAAGAUGCAAGUGAAUAGCUCUAUACCCAGAUUACAUAUCUUUCGCAAAUUUAGCCUUAGAAUGUUCUUUUAUCUUCAUUCUCAUGUUUUUUCAUCUUCAUUUACUUAUGUUGACUGGAUAACAAAAGAUUCAUUUCAGGUGUAUUUUCUAGCGUAAUCACAUUUUUAAAUUCAAACCAAUUACUUAUAUUUUAAAUAUAUGUGUUUUUGACUGCCCUGUAGGACCACAUCUGUUUUAUGUAACGCGGAUUUUAGGUAACAAACGUAGUAAGGUUUGUCUUACCUUAUUCAAGCUAUUCCCAUAAUACUACUGAGCUGUAUUGUAUAUGACGUUAGUUAAACCAACACAAUACAGUUCUUGAGAAGAUACUUAGUUUAUGUAGAUGCUUAAUUAGUAUUACUUUCACUUAACUACAUGGUUAAAUCGAGAAACUUAAAUUAAUGUCCUGACCAGGAUCAUCAGUGUUUACUUCCUGUAGGUGAGUUUUUGGAUAUUAUUCCAUAAUUGCCUAAUUAGCUCUUUCUGACUACUUUUAUCGUGAUUGGUUGUCUUCCUGGGUUUUGUUAUAUUAAUUGAUCUUUGUAUUCCAUCUGACUAUUUUGUAAGUGACAAUUUUGUCCAGAAAGUUUCAUUAAAAUUCCUUUUUCUCGCUUGUACAUCUGACCAUUAAAUUGGGAAUGUGUUGUACUGUAUAAAUCUAUUAACGCUACUAAACUUGACCCCUACUAUUUUGUGUACUGAGAAUAAUUGGUCCUUGUUUUGCAAUUCCAAUGCAUCUUUGGUAAGAUUUGCUCGUAUUAAAGUAAACAGGUCCGUGAUAUCGAUUAUUCACAAGUUACACUCCAUUUUAUUAUAUCUGGGGUUCAAAUGUGUAAUUGAUUCAAACAAACUUCGGGAAAACUGUUGUAAUCUAUUAAUAAAUAAAAGGAUGGAUAGUGGUACCACUCGUCAAAAGUUCCGAACGAUAAUUAGUUUCAUAUUUAUCUGUUUAUAAAAUAUGCGCAGCGAUUUGAUAUUUAAAUUUAAUGUCAAUAAAUAUAUGUGGCUGUCUUUACUUGUAAUAGUAGUUGUUUAAUUCGAUUUACAUCCAAAUCGCAUAGAUCGUGUGAUAAUACACAUGACUGUUAUUAUUAAGGUCACAUUCAUACAUGUUCAGUAGUCAACAUAUCGAUGUAUAUUAAGUUGAUACAUUAGAAUUUACUAGCAUGCAUCGAAAUGCAAGUCAAUUCUGAUAAGAAUAUGGAUCUGGUAUUUUAUGUUAUGAUUCAUUCAUGCUGAUUAACUGGACAGUUAAUAGCUUGAUAGUCCUAUAAUCUGAAUUAAGUUUCGACUACAUUUAUGCUGUCUCAACAUACACUUACUGCAAUUUCACAUAGUUUAUAUAAGUGUCACUUUUUUAGAUACAAAACGACCUCGUUUUCUGGUCAGUUGCUUAGUCUUUUGACAUCUGUUCAUUGGGUAGCGGUUUGUGUUUGUAAUCCAGUUUUUCUGAUUAAUUGUCACCCGGACACUACUCACGUCAAUUCAGGAGACUGAUCUUAAUCCGGUCCGAUGUAACAGUGAUAUGAUCUUAUCAGUUCUGUCCUUCCGAUUUCCAUUCUUAAAUAGCCCCAGAUGACAUUCAGACAAUCGCGUAUUCUCAUACACAACAUUUCAGACUACCACUGGCUAAUGAUUGAUGUCGAUCUGAAGUCAUUUAGUAGGAACUAUCGACCUUAAGAUCUGAUUAACGGUCACUAUAUCUUAGACUGAAUUUUCUGGUUACAUCGUGAUGCUUAUGGUGGAGUGUCGUUCUCUGAACUGGGUAGUUUAAUCGAGUAGCUUUCAUUGUUGGGAAGAACAGCUAAGCCGUCCAGCCACAAAUCUUCACUUUGUAAUUAACUGAUAUUGGUGAUUUUCUGAUAAUACGAAUGAUUUUUCUAUUCUCAAUUGUGCCUUUUUUUCUUCCAUAACAUUUAGUAAACCAUCACUUAAAUAAGCAAUUUUUACCUAACGCUUUAUAAUUUCGAUUUGUUAUCUUAACGUAAUAUUUUCAUUUUACAGCAGUUAAUCAUUAUUUUUGUUAUUUUAAUGAGGAAACAGUUGUAAUGCAAUAUGUAACAUGGUCCCACAUUACAGUCCGAACAAUCACACUCGUAAUUAUCAAACUAAUAUGUUGAUAUUUGACAAUAAUUCAGUAUGUCUGUGUUUUGUCUCCCUACGCAUUAUGGCCUUUAUUCUUCUCUAGCUCUACUAAGUACUUUAAAGACUUGUAAUCAUCUAGUGACCUCUCAUAGUUUUGGAUCAGACAUGAUAAAAAGUUUUAUCACUAAGGCGGCUAUCUAAAACAGAUAUAUGCUGAUUACCAGGCGAAAAUUCAUUUGACCUAAAGAUGUUCGGUGUUAUUAUAACCUACAAUUACACACCACUUUGCUCUUUGUUAAACUCCAUCCCAACUAACAUAGAAGAUGGGGUGGGAUGGUACUUGAUAGUGAGUAAUCAGGUAAAAAAAGAUAUCAUUAUUAUUGAUCACGUUGACGGAAGACUAAUGGUGGGUAGAAUAUAUUCAAAUAGCAGGUAUGAAAUAUUUAGACAUAUAACCUAUGUAAAAGUAGAACAAUUCGAUAAAUAUUCAUUAUAUUCCCUUCAUUAUUAAUCCACUUAUUUGAGAUAUGUGGAGUAUGUGACGAUGAUCGAGAUCCGUGAAAUCCAGUUGGUCUUCGUAUUUUAAUAAAACAUCAGAAAUGAAUAUAACAGGACUGAUGUACUUCAAAAGUUACACAUAAGGUAACUUGAUCACCAAUUCUUCGAAGAAUAAAUAUGAUUUCCAAGUUAAUGCAGUUUUACAUAGUAAAAGGAGCAGCAGUAACUGAAAUGAACAAUGGAAAUAACAUUUUAUUCUUUACUGAACUCGGAUUAGAAUUCAGAGAUUUCAACUUAAAGUGUGUCCUAUUUUCUUAACUUGUUAUAUUCUCAACAAAAUACGAAUAAUAAUUCCUUUUCUGAAUAAACAGUUUUAAAUCCAUGUAAAUAGUGAUUUCAAAGUCACCAAAUUUUUUAGCUUGUAAGUACAAACAGUGCGUAAGCACUUAAGCGAGUCGUAUUAUGUAAAUAUGAAUCCCUAACCUUUUUUCUAGUUAUAAACCAAAAUAUUUAAUAACUAGAUUAAAUUAUAGUACAUCAAUGAACAAUAAAGUCAGUUAAUAUGAUAAAUGUUUCAUCUGCUCACUAGUGAUUGGCUUCAAGAGAUACUUCUGGAGUUGUAGUGAGAAGUCGUCACCAGUGGAGUUCAAUCAGGUCUGUUGUGAGAUAUCAACUCACUGAAAACAAUGGUGUACGGUGGCGCAACUUCGUGGAUUGGUUGAAGUUAGACAUUAACACCGUUGGAUGCCGGCUCAGUGGUCUAGUUUGUUAAGCGCCUGGCGCGAGAAUGUUCGUAAGUUAGUGGCUUAUUACGUAAUAUAGACAUACAAAGACAAACUGCCCAAUAUGUAUCAUUAGUCUCUGUGAUCUACGCAUAUACUGCAAUAAAAUUGAUUUAGAUAAGGAAUAUUUCAUUAACUAGUCAACUUGUAUUCAAACACUACUGUUAUAACGGAAAAGUAUUGUAUGGAUUGCUUGGUACGUACGAUCGAUCGUGUAAAUUGGUUAUGAUGAUUGCUCACAAAUCCCAAUCAUUAAUAUAGUCUCAGUGAACAAAUAACAGAAAGCAGACUAGUUUGAUCAGCGGAAUAUGAGUCGUUUGAUGUGAAAAAAACUUAUAUACAGAAUAUUUAACUUAAAAUAAAUAUUAUUAGAGUUCAUGUAAAUCAUAAAUGAAUACUGGAUCAGAAUUUGGUAAAUUAUUCACGAGCCAACAGAUCUGAAGCCUUACAAUCAAGCUCACUUAUUAAUCAUCAAAUAAUAUGUGAAGCUGAUAUUUAUCAUAACCAGAAUGGUCAUUCACAUUAAAUAAUCCAAUAGCUCCCCUUAAAUAAAUGUCAAGUUUAUAGAUCUGACAAUUUCGAACUCAGCACCAAUCCAAUCAUAAUUGACGGGGAAGAUUUGGAAGGUGUAAAAACCUUUACGUAUUUGGGCAGCAUCAUUGAUGAACAGGGUGGAUCUGAUGCACAUGUGAAGGCGCGGAUCGGCAAAGCAAGAGCAGCAUAUUUACAACUGCAGAACAUCUGGAACUCAAAGCAACUGUCAACCAACACCAAGGUCAGGAUUUUCAAUACAAAUGUCAAAACAGUUCUACUGUAUGGGGCAGAAACCUGGAGAACUACGAAAGCCAUCAUCCAGAAAAUACAGGUGUUUAUUAACAAUUGUCUACGCAAAAUACUUCAGAUCCAUUGGCCGGACACUAUUAGCAACAACGUACUGUGGGAGAGAACAAACCAGAUCCCAGCGGAGGAAGAAAUCAGGAAGAAGCGCUGGAAGUGGAUAGGACACACAUUGAGGAAAGCACCCAACUGCGUCACAAGACAAGCCCUCACAUGGAAUCCUCAAGGCUGGUCAGCGGCCUAUGCUCCAUUGGGAGUAACAGGCGUAAGUAAGUAAGUAAGUAAGUAAGGCUAAGGUAGUGUAUUUACAGUUGCGAUGCAGAGUCCUAUGAAUUAUAGUCCAAUGUCCAUAUAUUGUACUGAUGAAGAUGAAUGGUGAACAAUUAUAUGGUACUGAGUACCAUGGUAAACAACCUUAUGUAAAAGUCCAAGUUACUUUUUGUGUUGAUGAGUUCUGUUUACCACUGCUAUCGUCCGGCCACUACUACAACAACAAAAACUUUGUAUACCGUCCCAAUGAAAGCUCGAGUAGAGAAUCAUGAAAUGACUAAAUACCCCUAUUUCCAAUCCUCUGAUUGUGUUCCUUAACGCUUGGAACGAGAGUUUAUUUAUUUAUUUGAACACAUAAUUAAUGGUACAAAGGGGCACCGAAUACAAAUGCGCCACACAAGUCACUUGGUUUGUGUUGGCUGGGAUACUGUCUGAGUGCCCAAACUAAAGCCGGUUGUUUUUUAGGAAGCCACAACCGGAUCCGUCAACCUAAAGGUCUGGUCCACAAGGCAGCGGAGCAACGUCAGGAGAUGCAGUCCCAUGCUAGCAGGUGACCAACAAUAGGUUCACACACCAUUCGUUCCCUCAGGACCCUAAAGCCUGUGGCAAGCCCAUUUGACCACUGUAUCAUUUGUCUACUCAUUGUAACUCAGACAUCUAAUUCAUCAUGUUAAUUUCUGUGUGCAUUUCAGACUCUUAAUUCACUAUGUUAAUUUCGGUGUGUAUGAUCGAGUGUAUGUCUGUACAUUAACCCUUAAGCUAUCCUCCUGUUGGUUGCAAUGUGCAGAUAAUCGAUAAUUUAUCCACACCCGAUUAACUCUCAAAAAUAUAUAUGGAUUUUGAACACACACACACACACACUCGCUUUGUUUCAUCGUGUGCUUGCUCGCUGUACGCUUGCGGAUUUUUAUUAAUCAUUAACAAUAAAUUAUUUCUACAACUGGUGUUCAGGCUUCUGAAUAAUCUCGAGUAAAUCCGUAAUUCAUCUAGGAGAUUAAGCCUACCUUAAAUACUCAGUUUACGGGAUAUUAUUUAUUGGAGUCAGAUAUAGAGGACAUUAGCCUCAACAUAUUGGUGACCCGCCUUUAGAACGCGCACCAUCUUCCUACAAAGUCCGCUGCAUUCUCCUCAAGCGUAUCAUAAAGAACUUCAUAUUGGAAUUAUUAUUAUAAUUAAUAACAAUCCAUUGACAGUCAUAAUAAAUUCACUCAUAACAUUGUCCCUUUGGAAUUAUUGCUGUGUAUUCUCAUAUUUAUACCCAAAGUGACAGUUUUUCUUUUUGGUGAGUCUCAUAUAUUUUUGUUGCUAUUUUUGACUUCUUCAUAUCGUAAAUUUCAAACCUCAGCUUAUUAUUAUUAUUAUUGCUCCUUCGUACCAUGUCACUUUAUAAUUCGCUAAGCCUAUCAUCUAAAUCUAUUUCCGUGGGUGCCAUUUCUAUACCUUUACCUGUUUUUAAUCCACGAAAGGCUGAACUCUGGUUUGCUCGCUUAGAAAGCUUUUUUGUUGCAAACGAAAUGACAAAGAGUACGAAAUUUAGUUACGCAAACUCACUGCUUCCGGACGACGUCAUUGAACAAGUGCCUGAUGUCAUUUUUAAGCCGGAUCCUGACUCACCAUUCGAUUGUCUGAAAAGAGAGGUUAUUCGUGUCACAUCUCUCACCGAUCAACAGACAAUUGAUCAACUUUUGACCAACGUGGAGCUAGGUGACUAUACGCCACCACAGUUAAGACGCCACAUGACACUUAUUAGGAAAUCGUACAGUAGACAAAUGUCUAUUAUAUCAAUCGUGGCUCAGACGUCUCCCACAAAACAUCGAACAGAUACUUGCAAUCGGAGACGAAGACGUCGACUUUGAUAGGCUAGCAGACAUAGCCGACAGAAUUUACGAACGGUCCAAGACUCACCCUGUAUCUCAAAUCCAAUCAAGCUCAACUGACGAGAUCGCCGAGUUACGACGAUCAGUUGAUACCCUUACCAAACAGAUAGCUCAAAUCCAAUUAUUGAAUGCCUCCCACAGUAAGUGUAGAGGAACAUCCAGAAGCCGUAGACGACGUAGUCCAAGCACUACAUUUGUUGGUACCAUAGAACAUACGGCAAACGAGCUAGAAAAUGUACUCCGCCUUGUAACUUUGCAAGCAUACAGAAAAAGGAACGUCAAGACCGCCGGUUAAUGACGACUGCAGUCACUGACCACAACUCUCAAGACAGCCGUCUAUUAUAUGUUACAGACAAAAGAACCGGCACACAGUUUUUAGUCGACACUGCGGCAGAGGUUAGUGUAGUACCACCCACUGCACUCGAGAAAAACACACCUGACUCCAAACUAAAACUACAAGCAGCAAACAGGUCUGACAUCAAGGCGUACGGCAAAAGGCUGUUACAAUUAAAUUUCGGUCCUAGAUCUAAUUUUUCAUGGAGUUUCAUCAUAGCGGACGUCAUCGUUCCUAUAAUCGGCAUUGAUUUUCUGCAAUUCCACAAAAUACUGGUAGACGUCAGAAAUAGGAAACUUGUCCUUGCCAAACAGAGUAAGGAAAUUAGCGGAAUUAUAUCAAAUGAGGCUUCCAUACAUUUAUUAGUCAAACCUCAACACGAGAACGACAAAUACGUCAAUUUACUUAAUCACUUUCCAGACUUAUUACGACCGAGUUUCAAACACGACAAACCGACUCAUACCGUUGUACACCACAUAAUGACAGAGGGUCCACCAGUGUUCGCACGUCCAAGACGCCUUGACCCCUCUCGUCUGGCUAUCGCAAAGAACGAAUUCAACAAAAUGAUAGAGUUGGGCAUCAUACGCCCCUCCGAUAGUCCGUAGGCAUCACCGCUCCAUAUCGUACUUAAGAAAAACUCUUCCGAAGUUAGACUAUAGAGCUCUCAACAGCUGAACCAUACCAGAUAGAUACCCUCUCCCACAUUCGCAUGACUUCACUCAUAACCUAUCUGACGUCGAUUUUUUCAAAAAUUGAUCUCGUCCGUGCUUACCAUCACAUUCCAGUUCAUCCGGACGAUGUUCCUAAAACAGCCAUUACUACCCCCUUUGGACUAUAUGAAUUCGUCCGCAUGCCUUUCGGAUUAAGGAAUGCUGCACAAAGUUUCCAGCGUUUUAUUGACCAAGUGGUACGGGGCUUACCGUUUGUGUAUGCUUACAUAGAUGACCUACUUAUAGCAAGCAAAGAUGAAAAUGAACAUCUAACUCAUCUGAAAAUGCUUUUUGAGAAGCUAAACGAGUAUGGGUUAGCAGUCAAUCCUGACAAAUGUGAGUUUCGAAAACAAUCCCUCACCUUUUUAGAUCACGUACUUGAUAAUCAAGGCAUUCAACUAGUUCCUGAGGAAACACAAGCUAUCAAAAAUUAUCCUUUGCCUGAUUCAUUCAAGAAACUACGACGUUUCCUUGGGAUGAUCAACUUUUACAGACGUUUUAUCCCCAAAUGUGCAGACUUAGCAAAACCGCUAACUGAUUUAUUAAGGGGACGAGCUAAAUCAUUAGCAAUGACACCGCAAGCAAUUCAAGCAUUUGACCAGUUGAAAAGCGCUUUAAGCACAGAGGCAUUACUCGCACGACGAAAGGUUGAUGCACCUUUAGCAAUAAUGACCGACGCUUCUAAUGUAGCAGUAGGUGCUGUACUUCAGCAACAUGUCAGUGAACGAUGGCAACCCCUUGCAUUUUUCUCAAAAAAGCUAAACGCAACGCAAACAAAAUAUAGCACAUUCGGUAGAAAACUGUUGGCUAUCUACUUAGCCACCAAACACUUUCGCUAUAUGUUAGAAGGCAAUUCUUUCAUGAUAUAUACUGAUUACAAACCUCUAAGUCCUUGAUGCACAAUCAUGAUAAAUACAGUCCGUGCGAAAUUCGUCAACUAGAAUUCAUUUCACAAUUUGCAGCUGAUAUACGCUAUAUUAAAGACAACGCAAAUGAGGCAGCAGAUGUACUAUCGAGAUUAAAUAUCAAUACCUUCUCGAUCCCUGAUAUUGACUAUCAAGAAAUGGCGAAGCAUUAAAAGCUCGAUACGGAGCUACAAAAACUUUUGCAGUCUAAGGAAACGAAAUUAUUAUUCCAAAACAUCCCCAUAAACAACAAGGACACCUUAACUUGUGAUACCUCAACAGGUAAAACUCGCCCCUUUGUACUUUACGGUAUGAGACGAAAUAUUUUUUAGAAAUUACGCAACAUAUCUCAUCCAGGUCUAAAAGCCACUGUAAAGCUUAUCACAUAUAGAUUUGUAUGGCCAAACAUAAACAAAGACGUACGAAAAUGGUCACGGGAAUGCGUCCAAUGCCAAAAGUCGAAAGUACAUAGGCACAUCAUAUCUCCUACCGGAAUUUUUCCCGCCGCUAGCGCUAGGUUCGACCAUAUUCAUAUCGACAUUGUUGGACCGUUACCAAUUUCUAAUGGUUACACGCAUAUAUUAACAUGUAUAGAUAGAUUGACGAGAUGGCCCAUAGCUGUUCCGUUAAAAGACAUGUCGGCAUCAACAGUAGUGAAGAAGCUGGUGAAACACUGGAUUACAAAUUUCGGUGUCCCUACAACAAUUACGACCGACCGUGGAAUGCAAUUCGAAAGCAAAUUAUUUCAGCAACUUACAGAUACUUUCGGUAUAAAGAGAAUUAGAACCACUGCUUAUCAUCCGUCUGCUAAUGGAAUGAUAGAAAGGUUCCACAGACAGUUAAAAGCCUCUUUGAUGGCCGCAGGAGGGGAUUACAAAUGGGAUAUCAAGCUCCCUUUGAUGCUGUUAGGCAUUCGCUCAACCAUCAAACAAGACCUCGGUUGUUGUGCUGCUGAGUUGGUUUAUGGAACAACGUUACGUUUGCCUGGUGAGUUUUUUGACCGUGCAACGUAUAUUCCAGCAGAUAUAACCAACUACGUGCAACAAUUAAAACAGCAGAUGGAAUCCAUUAGGUCCGUUAAACCACGAACCCAAAAGAUGAAAUCAUUCGUACCCAAUGAACUAGACAAAUGCUCACAUGUAUUCGUCAGAAAUGAUAGAGUACGACAGCCGUUACAGACUCCUUACGACGGCCCUUUUAAAAUCAUCCGAAAGGACACUAAAACGGUUACAGUGAAGAGAGCAGGUAAACAUGAUACUGUUAGCAUCGACAGAGUAAAACCAGUGUUUGUAGAAAACAAUGAAAAAACAACUGUAAAACCGUCUAAACCUGCAGCAGAGCAAGCAUCAUUCAAACUACCUGCAACAAACAAUACUUCACAUCAAAAUUCAGCAACAGAAACUACAAGAUCAGGAAGAGUACACUGGCCAGAUAGGUAUGUAGCAACCACCAUAUUUAUCUAGACCAAAUCCGGAGUCUACUCUUAUAACACCAAAAAAAUCCUACUUUAUUUUGAUUACUAUUUUUUUUAUUGGCCCCACAGAUCAUUAUGCUUACAUUUUAACUUGAUACAAUUCAUUAAUGUUAAAUAUACACUUGUAUAUACAUGAUAUGAAACGUUUCAACACACAAGCUGUUAUUACAAUUUAACGCUUACUCAUCAUAUUGAGUUGUACUUUUAUUUUAAAAACAGUUCCGUUCUUAGUCUGUUUGUCGAACAUAGAUGUUAAUCCAAUUUUUUUGGUACAUAAAAACACCAAUGUUCUGGAUGGGAGCUUAUGUGACAAGCCCAUUUGGCCACUGUAUCAUUUGUCUACUCAUUGUAACUCAGACAUCUAAUUCAUCAUGUUAAUUUCUGUGUGCAUUUCAGACUCUUAAUUCACUAUGUUAAUUUCGGUGUGUAUGAUCGAGUGUAUGUCUGUACAUUAACCCUUAAGCUAUCCUCCUGUUGGUUGCAAUGUGCAGAUAAUCGAUAAUUUAUCCACACCCGAUUAACUCUCAAAAAUAUAUAUGGAUUUUGAACACACACACACACACACACACUCGCUUUGUUUCAUCGUGUGCUUGCUCGCUGUACGCUUGCGGAUUUUUAUUAAUCAUUAACAAUAAAUUAUUUCUACAACUGGUGUUCAGGCUUCUGAAUAAUCUCGAGUAAAUCCGUAAUUCAUCUAGGAGAUUAAGCCUACCUUAAAUACUCAGUUUACGGGAUAUUAUUUAUUGGAGUCAGAUAUUGAAUCCAGAAGGCCAUGUGCACCAUUGAUUUGGAAUCAGGGUUUUCCAACUCCGGUAUGUGGACCCUUCGUGUCCACCAACCUGGUUAAGCUGUCGGACACUCACCUUUCGUCCUCUUGAUUUCGUAAACAACACCCCCACCACGAGAAGGCAGUGAGUAGGAGUUCCCUGGCAGUGACUGUAUAAGCGUAGCGAUGUGAGAGUAUUUCGAGAGGGAGAGCUGACUCUGGUCACCCUUGGCCGUAUCAGGGCAUUCGGGGGCUUGGAAAGACAGAAAUGUGACUAUAAGUUUCAUGCUCACGGAUAAAUUUUAAAUUGUCACGACUAUGAUCGAGCUGAAGUCUAAAAUUCAUGUUACAACUCAGCGUUAUAUAGUGGCAACUGUCCCAAAAUUCAUUGGCAUUUUAUAUCCAUUUUGAAGUAGUAAUAAUGUAGUAACGGUAGACUAGAUACUUGCUGGGUAUGUAUUCAGUAAAAUGUAAGAUAUUUGGGGUAAUCCGCCGUUUGAUUUAAUUAAUUUGAAUAAAGCAAGAACAGAUAUUGAUGCAGAAUGGUAUGAAUUCAUAUUAUUUCGAGGUUUCUCGUCAGCUGCUUACAACCAAAUAUGUACUAGAAUUUUAUAUUGAAAUAGUAUGAAACAAUUAGCAUAAUUGAAUGUAAAUAAUUGGAAUGACAAAGGUUAUCAGUAAUAACUAUAUAUAUAUAUAUAUAUAUAUAUAUAUAUAUAUAUAUAUAUAUAUAUAUAUAUAUAUAUAUAUAUAUAUAUAUGCAAGACCAGGUCAGAGGUUAUUUGGUGUUAGAAUCAAGGAAACAAUUAAGGAUGGAUGGUUUAAUAGUUGAGUGGAGUUCAGAGACAUAAGAUAAAUUGUGUGAUAAUUUUAGAGUUAAUGAAGGAUUCACGGACUGAUAAAAUUGUUUACGUAAUAAAUGAAUAGAAUUUGAAAAGUUCACAUAAUUUAAGAGGAUCAAGUGAGCGGAAAUGGGUGAAUGAAAGGGUGGUUUAAGAAUUCGGUAAUGGGGGGGGAAUAUAACAGAAUAGAUAUUUGAAAAAAAUAACUGAAUAAAAUCACACAAAUAACCAAAAAGAAGUUAUUACCAGGGUAAUAAUAAGUUUAUUACUGUCAAUUUUUGAAUACAUAAAUCCGGUUUAAGUUUUUUUUUAUCGCGAUCGCUUCAGCAAAACAGAGAGCAGUCGUACUUCUUCGUCUGUUGAUAAUUUUAAAAGCGUGAGGUAUGUCGAUGGUAUGCCCGGUGUCAAGUAAAUGCCGAGCAAUUGCACUGUUGAGCGCCCUAGUCCUUUGCAGCCUCAAGUUCUUUGGAACAUGCUCAGAAAUUUUGACUUGACAAGUUGGGUUAUCUAGAAAUCACUAUACCAGUCAACUGAAUAAAUCAAAUGAAAAUAACAGGAUAUAUAAACAUUGUUAUGAUAAAUUUGAAUUACGGAGAAAAGCACUCAACGUUAGUGACAUGAGUUAAGUAUAUUAAGUGGAAAUUCAAUUUAAAUAAAUUAUCAAGUCGCAUAUUCGCAAGAGGUUAUACACGUUCCAAAUUACGGUAACGACAUGUAUAAAUAGGUGCUGCUGUGAAUACGAAUUUCGGGAUUUUAAAAAAGAAGGUUUACCAUAAAAUUACUAUUUAUCUUUGACCCGACAUAUUUAACGAAGACCUCAGACAUUAAAAUUUAUUUAGAUAUGGUGAGUAAUUUACAAAAGUUGCGGUAAAAUUGGAAUAUAACCAAGUAUUGUCUUUUUCAUGUUAAUUAUUUGAAGAGGAAAUCUGGAAAAGCGAUUAUUGUGAACUUAUUUAUCUGUAAGAUAUUAAAAUACUGUAGUUGCAUUUUCAAUUUAAUCUACUCAAUUUGAAUAAUCUUAGUGACCUGUGAGGAUGGUGACGAUGGUAUUAAGUCAAGUACAGAAUAAGUUG